AUGAAGACCAGAGUGUAUACGGUCCAGCAGGUCCUUGCAGCCGCAAAGACCCACCCCUUUUACACUCCUGGGGUCCAGUACCCUCCCGACCGUGAUGCCGUCCAAAAGAUCGUGGAAUCCGGGAACCAGGGCCCGUCGGAGGCUUCCCUGAGUUCUUGGCCGUUGGCCACAAAGGAUCAACUGUAUCGAACUAUCCGGCGCCUCGUGAGCGACACAAGCAGCACAAACACGUACCGAGAUGGCUCCUACAUCAGCAUGACUGGCGGCAGUGGUGGCGGGCUUCCUAUGCCCUUUGCCACGGACUCGUUCGAAAACCGCGAACAGCGAGCGCGGAUGGGGGAAUUCAUCCGGUUGUGUGGCGUGAUUGAACCUGGGGACUGGGUUCUGACCGUCCAUACCUCAGGGGGUUUUUACCGCUCGUUGGAUCUCAUGGUGGAGAUCUUGGAGAACGCGGGGGCCAGCGUCCUGCCGGCCGGGCAUGCCAUGUCGUUGGCGGAAGUUGUCGAGGCCCUGGUCCAUUAUCGCGUGAACGUCUUAUCAGGAGACAGCAGCCAGAUUGUACGCGUUUCUGGCAUUAUCGCGGGCCUCCCGGCUGAGGAGCGACAAAACGUGAAACUGACCAAGAUUAUAUACACGUCCGAGCCCCUCACAGAUGUCCAAAGGGCCUACAUUCGCGAAGUCCUCGGCCCGAUACAGGUGUACUCUGUGCUGGGGAGCUGCGAGGCUGGGCCCUGGGCCCUCAGCAAUCCGGAGAUUGGGCAGGCUUCAGCGUCCGAGGUCGCCGGCGCUGCCGACUUUGUAUUUGAUACUCGCACCAUGCUCGUCGAUAUUCUGGACCCAUCCGUUCUCGACAACGAUGAUGGCAGCGUCGCGGCGACAAGGGAGCCACUCCCGGAUGGGAGCUUAGGUAUCGUCGUACAAACCUCGUUACAGCGUCUGAAGAAUCCCCUCGUGCGAUACGUCACAGGCGACAUUGGCUCGCUCCACCCUGUUCCAGAAUCCGCAGUCGCCAAAGGAAUCCCCGCCGAGGAAAGGCAGUACCUCCGCAUUCUCCGCCUACACGGCCGCGACCGCCGCUUCAGCUUCAAGUGGUCUGGCGAAUACUUGCAGUUCGACUGGCUCGCGGCUCUCUUGCAGACCAAGGAAUGGCGGAUUCUGCAGUGGCAAGUCGUUUUGGCCCAGCCUAAAUCGUUUCCCGACCCGACGCUCGAAAUCCGACUCCUUUUGCCCGCCUCGGUAGCUGAAACUGAUAUCGAGCCCGAGUCGAGGUUGGUGAAAGCGAUCGAACAGUUUUGUGUCGUAACGCCGGGAAACCGCCACCUCUUCCAAAUCAAAAUCCUGACGGACCUCACCCAAUUUGAGAGGAGCAGCACUGGGAGGAAGGUCAUCAAAUUUAUUGAUAGGACGUAA